CAGAGCAAGAGCGGGAGCUGUGUGAACAUGGCGGAGGCCCGGAGCGGGCAGGAGUCGGCGGCCGAAGGCGGGAGGAGGCCGGGGUCUGGGUCCCAGCCCGAUCCCGAGCAGUGGGCGGUGGCGGCGGUGGUGGGGGGCGAGACCGAGAGCGAGCCGGAGGAGGAUACGGGUGGCGGGCCGCUGGACGUCAGCUCGCCGCGCUUCGACCCGUACCUGGCGCUGUACAGCCCGCGGCCGCCGCCGCUGCCCUUCCCCGCCGUGCGCACCUUCAACAACGUGGCCGAGUACGAGUCGUUCCUGCGGCGGCGGCCCGGACCCCGGACGCCGGCCCCGGCCCGAGCCCGCGGUCGCCGCGCAGCGCGGGCUGCCCCGGACCCCGACAGGAUCGAGCGGCUCAAGAAGCUGAUGGUGGCGCAGCCGGGCGGCGAGGAGAGGCCGCGGCCCCGCCGCAGGGACCGCGCCCCCAAGAACGUGAUGACCAGGAUGGCCCUUCAUGAAGGCAGUCCUCUGGGUGAACUCUAUCGGUGUGUGCAGGACAGAAUAAAGAUUAGUGUCCACAUCCGGACUUUCAAAGGACUGCGGGGUGUCUGCUCAGGAUUCUUGGUGGCAUUUGACAAGUUCUGGAACAUGGCACUUGUUGAUGUAGAUGAGACCUUCAGGAAACCUAUUCUUGGGAAAGCUUUUUACAAUGAACCAGUGCUCACUGUUGGCAGGCUUUUUGAUCAGCUAAGGCUUCAAGAAUCCAAAGGUGAGGAGCCCAUUUCCAAGACUGCAGAACAAACGGGCUCUUUACCCAAGAAGUUUGUGGAUAGGGAAGCUGGACUGGAUAACAGCAAAAUUCUGAGCUGUGGUGUUAAAGCAGAGCCUUUGCAGGAAACCUCGGACACCGUAAACCGGUCUCGGCAAAGCGAAACUGGAGAUAUUGAUCAGUCGAAGAGGAGUUCCAAACAAAUGGGCUUGGGGACCGGGUCUCCUGCAAGAGAAAAACAGAAAAGGAAACCGAAAGCCAGGCCCAAGGUGGAUUAUCAACAGGUUUCUCAAAGACAUCUGAAACAACUCUUUAUCCGGGGUGAAAAUAUAUUGCUUGUCAGUAUAAGGCAAUGAUGAAUGUAACCACUCCCAACAGCUUGGCACAUUGGGCCUUAUGAAAUAUCAUAACAGGCAGGCAAGAAGGUGCAAAUAUACACUUUGAUCAUUGUAAAACUUCAACUGCCUGAAAAUCUGGCUGUUAACUUCCAUUAGCAGAAAACAGCCUCUGGUGUGUUUGAACAGAAUUUGUCAGUGAAACUCUUGUUCCUGCACUGUACUUUUUGAAGUUUACCUCGGUGGGAGCUUGGAUAUUGAAACUGCAUAUGUGGUACUGGGGAGGUGUAAAAUUUUGAUGAAACUACUGUACUCUCCUGACUGUGUUUCUUGAUGUCUUAUUGCCCUGGUUGAUUGAAGUGUAUGUGAACUACCUUUCAAGUUGUGAAUGACUUGUUUCAGAGCUUAAACACUGGUGUUUCUUGAAGUUUUCUGCCUACUGUGACUUCGGAAAGAAGUGUUUUCAAACAAAGCUCCAGCCUAGGGCUGAUGUGAAAUAAAGGGUAUAGUUGUCUAAGGGAGAAACAUUCUUUUGUGUUGAGUGACGUCAAGAUCUUGCUACGUGGACUCAUUACAGCAUGUAAGGAGGCCGUUUGACCUAACACAUCUUUACUGGCAGUCCCAUAACUUUUUUUUUUGUAAGUGAUCCUUUUAGGUAGUGAAGUUCAGAUUAUGAGUGCUUGCUGGGUGAAAAGGUGCACUCCUUUUCCCUGGCUUCUUUGCCCGUCACCUUGAAUCAAUGUUCUCAUCUUACAUUCUUCAACAGUGAGUAUACCAAUGUGUGUCCCUAUCCCAGAAUUUAAUAUUAUGGUACAUGAAUGCAAUGUGUGGAAGUUCAUGCAGGAACUUGGAGAAAGGUAGUUUUACAUGGGAAAUGUCAUGUUAAACCACUGUCCUAACCAAUCUGGUUUGGAUGUCAUUUUUUUCAGGACAUGGGCAGUGUUUAUUGUCCACGAACAAUAAAUGUCUAUCUCUGGGCAUUAAUUGCCCUGAACGGAGUGGCUUGCUAGACCAUUCCAGGGGACUUGUAAAAGGCAACCACAGUGCUGGGGAUCUAGUGUCACGCAGGCCAGAGUUGCUGUUCUCACUGGCUUAAAUCUGGGAUCUAUGCCUAGUUCUAGUUUGAGGGCAUAAAAAAAGCAUGUUUCAUUAACUAAUGGUUCAGCCCAGAUUGUCAUAAGCACAAAUGUACUAAUGUCACUGAUAUCCAAUGAACUGAAGCAAAAGUUUGUUGGAACUAAGAUGACUCAUGACUAGACUUUUCACACAUUUGGUGUGCUGAACAUGCUGUGUAUGGAACAGAUGUCUGAUCAGAUCUCCAGCAUCAGGAGCAGUAUAGAAGGUUCAAAACAGCAGCAUCAUUAACAUGUUGAGCACUAGGAA